ACUACGCAAGCAUUCGCCAAAAAUAGUUGUCUUGCUGUGUUCUACAACACACUUAAAGAUUUCGAUCAAGCAUGCGCCAGCAACGCCGCACCCAUUCACAGGACAGCAUUGACGAGCUGCCAAGGGAAUGGAUCGUGCUGAAUCCCGUGGCAGCGGCACGACACACUUUGGCAAAUUGGCGUCUUUUCGGGUCCAUUAAUGACGAGAGCGUGCAGCGCGUGCUAAAUUACCUCGACGGUCGGUCCCUCGCCGCUGCCAGCCAAGUGUGCAAGCACUUGCGGUGGAUGGCAAGUGACGACGCAAUGUGGCUUCAAGCGUGUCGCGCGGAGUGGGGUGUGUGCCCUCACCAUCUCUCCAAGACACAGGACCCUCUCGGUGGCAAGGAAUUAUACUUUUUUGCAACCCAGUCCAUGCGCGCGCUGACACUGCACAUGCUCCAGGAGCAAUGCCUGCUUUCCCUUCAAACCACACUUCAACGUCCCGUCGCCCACGCAAGAGUGGCCCCAAUGCCGCACAAUGCCUAAUUCGUUGUCGUGAAUACGAUAUGCAUCUCGUUAACACCACUCGAGAGUCGAAGCCAAGGUCGUUUGUCCCUCCAAGCUGAAAUACCAUUCUCGUACACUCCGAGUAGUAGAUACUACAGUACAUAGAGUAGUACUUCUAGUAGUGCAUUCAAAGACAUGGCUCAUUCCAGAAAGAGAGCAUAUCUUGC